GCUCCCUGAAGCUCCGCUCCUUUGGACCAAAGUUCCCCGUGUGAUUCAGUGACUCGCAACUGUUGGAUAGAUUUGUCAUUCAGAUCAGCGAGCGGCUUGACCUGCAGCCCCCUCAAACAUGAUUUCAUCUCAUCUACGAGUUUUGCUCACUGAAACUAGGCCAGCCUCUCCUUUUGAAUUCGAUUGUUUUCUGUCAUACAAGUGAAGCAGUCUUGGCAAAGUAAUGGAAUUAAUUUCUCUCCGGAGUCGCUCUUUGAGGGAAGGCUGAUCAAGUGGAUGAAAAGCGGGACGCCUUCAGAGACCGCAGUUCAUUUAUAAUGGAUAAAACAUUGUCUGCAACCGGGAACACAAAUAACUGGAUGGUUCUUUAAGAACGCAACUGGUGACUUGGCGAGAUUGGCAGAAGCUAUUAAGAAGCAGUCUGUAAAAGCAUAUCCAGGCUCAGCCACAUCCAAGAAUGAAGAUCAAAUACACUAUACCCAUUGUGUUUUUUAUGGCACUUGUUAUCAUUGAGAAAGAAAACAACAUUAUCUCAAGGGUGUCAGAUAAGCUAAAGCAGACCCCCCAAACCUCUCAACAACCCAGCAGUUUGUCCAACGUACUGCUGAAGCACAGUAGUUUCCGUCUGUCAAUCAGCAAGAGGAAUGUCACGCUAAUGAAGCCGCGGCUGGAGGACUACAGCGAGCACCGAGGGGCAUUGAGAAGGGGUAGAAAACACAUUCUCCUGCUAGCCACGACUAGGACAGGCUCUUCAUUCGUGGGCGAGUUUUUCAACCAGCAGGGAGACAACAUGUUUUACCUGUUUGAGCCUCUGUGGCACGUGGAAAAGAUGUUGACUUUGGACACUCGAGGCACCAAUGCUGCAGCAGCAGCCAAAGCAUACCGGGAUGUGCUCCAAAAACUCUUCCUGUGUGACUUUUCUUUGCUAGAAACCUUCAUCGACCCCCUUCCCGUGGACCACAUCACCCCAGCCCUCUUUCGCAGGGAGUCCAGCAGCUCUCUGUGUGAGAAGUCUGUCUGCAGCCCUGUUGUCAAAGGGGUUUUUGAACGAUAUCGCUGUAAGACCAGACGCUGUGGUCCCCUGAACCUGACAAUGGCGUCUGAGUCCUGCCUCAAGAAAGAGCACAUUGCCAUCAAGUCGGUACGGGUGCGCCAGCUCGAGACUCUGCGUCCUUUGGCUGAGGACCCACGUCUUGAUGUAAAAUUCAUCCAGCUGGUUCGCGAUCCCCGGGCUAUUUUGGCAUCACGCAUGGUGGCCUUUGCAGCCAAAUACAAGAACUGGAAGGAGUGGGCCGUGGGUGGAAAUGUUCCUAUUGACGAUGACGAGGUGAAGAAGUUGAAAGGAAAUUGCGACAAUAUCAGAAUGUCUGCCGAGAUCGGCCUCAGACAGCCAUUUUGGCUGCGCAGGCGAUACAUGCUGGUGCGGUAUGAGGACAUUGCUCGGUUCCCCAUGAAGAAAGCGACCGAGAUGUACAGGUUUACUGGAAUCCCAUUCACUCCACAAGUGAAAUCCUGGAUUCUGAAGAACACCCAGGCCUCGAAGGAGACAAGCGGAGUUUACUCUACACAGAAAAACUCAUCUGAACAAGUGGAGAAAUGGAGGUUCAAGCUACCAUUCAAGAUAGCCCAAGUGGUACAGAGAGUUUGUGGACCAACAAUGAAGCUUUUUGGGUACAAAUUUGUGAGCAGUGAAGAAAUGCUAACAGAUAAAUCUAUCAGUCUCAUUGAGGAUAAAGUGUUCAGCUUUUUAUAGACUUUAAAAAAUGUUAACUCCAACACUUGAUGCAGAAAAUUUCAACUUUUCUAAAGCCUCUGUGAUAAAUUAUUUUUAUGAAGAUCCUGA